CCCACCAUUCGAGAGAUCAUUAAGUUGUUCGGACUGCGGGCGGUGAAGCAGCUCUCCCAGAAUUUCCUCCUGGACUUGAGGCUGACAGACAAAAUUGUAAGGAAAGCCGGCAAUCUAGCAGGUGUCUAUGUUUACGAAGUGGGUCCCGGGCCUGGGGGAAUCACCCGAUCCAUUCUCAAUGCCAAUAUUGCCGAACUUCUGGUGGUUGAAAAGGACACUAGAUUUAUUCCAGGAUUACAGAUGCUUUCUGAUGCAGCACCUGGAAGACUGAGGAUUGUCCAUGGGGAUGUGCUGACCUACAAGAUAGAAAAGGCUUUUCCAAACCAUGUUAGACGACAGUGGGAAGACGAUCCUCCAAAUGUACAUAUUAUUGGAAAUCUACCUUUUAGUGUUUCAACACCACUGAUUAUCAAGUGGCUUGAAAAUGUCUCUCUUAAAAAUGGACCUUUCACUUAUGGCAGAACUAAGAUGACACUAACAUUUCAAAAGGAAGUAGCUGAGAGACUUGUAGCCACCACAGGAAGCAAACAGCGCAGUCGUCUUUCCAUUAUGGCCCAGUACCUCUGCAAUGUUGAACACCUCUUUACAAUUCCAGGAAAAGCUUUUGUUCCCAAACCAGAGGUUGAUGUAGGAGUGGUACACUUUACACCUUUGAUACAGCCCAAGAUCGAGCAGCCGUUCAAGCUGGUAGAAAAAGUUGUUCAGUACGCGUUUCAGUUCCGAAGGAAGUAUUGCCACCAAGGACUUGGAAUGUUAUUCCCCAAAGCUCAACGCCUAGAAAACACAGGAAAGCUGUUACAGUUGGCAGACAUCGACCCGACUCUCCGGCCCAUCCACCUCUCGCUCAUGCAUUUUAAGAGCCUAUGUGAUGUGUACAGAAAAAUGUGUGAUGAAGACCCACAACUCUUUACUUACAACUUCAGAGAGGAGCUGAAGCAAAAGAGAAGAAAAGGCCAAGAGAAAGGCGAUGACACAGAAGAGGAGUGCUAGCUGCUGCUCUUAGGGCACCGUAUCCUCUGAGUGUGUGCUUGUUUGUCAACCACCAAUGACCAGGUGACUUACAUGCCAUUACUACUCAUGAAAAUAAAUAUCAAGUACAUUCAGUA